AUGGCUCCUACCAAAGGCAAGUCAGCGAGAGGUCGCGGAGGCAAAUCGACAAAUAACCGUGGUGCCAGAGUCUACCAUGGUCAGAAUCCUAAACUCAUCCCCAGUGGCGUCGGAACCUCUUCUCACUCGUCGAACCCAAGUUUGGCGACAGAGUCGGUAAGUCGUCCUUCCCAAUAUCCGCCGGCGACACAAGUACCCUCGACUCCUGCUCUUCAAACAUCACCUGCUGUCUCUCAACAAGCACCGUCGGGUGGGUCUCAACAAACAGCGCCGGGUGGCUCUCAACAAACACCACGGGCUGGCUCUCAACAACCACCGCCGGCUGGCUCUCAACAACCACCUCCUGCUCGUCGAAAGCAACCUCCUGGGCGUCAACAAAAGCCUUCUUCUUCUCGUCAACAGCAGCCUUCAUCUUCUCGUCAACAGCAGCCGCCUCCUCGUCAACAUCAGCCUUCUUCUUCUCGUCAACAGCAGCCUCCUCCGUGUCAACCACAGCCUCCUCCUCGUCAGGAUCCAGAGGAGCAACAUGUCAUACCACCAGAGCUAAACCUUAAUGAUGAAGACGAUUAUGAGGAAGAAGUAGACGAAGAGCCUGAAGAAAAAAAUGGAGAUCAAAAUGUCGACUACCAAGAAAUGUUGGAUCGUUUGCUAGCCCUUCCAGGCCGACAACAUCUUCCACUUCUGUCUCAGAACCCGAUCCCUGGAGUUGAGACUCUCUGUUUUAACCGGCACAAAGGGAAGCUGUCUAGAGUGAUUGCUGGAAUCUUCCGGAGGAAGUUUGAUGGGCCUUACUUCAGAAGUUUUGCGCGGAAGUAUAAUUGGGAUGUCGGGAUUACUGAGCUUCUUAGAGAAGGAUUCUUGGUGAUAGCCAAGAAACGGUUGAAAGGGAUUGUCAGUCAAGCAAAGCAGAGUGGUGUACAACCACCGUGGAUCCGUAAUACACUUUGGGUUUAGAUGUGGGUGUAUUGGAAGACUGAGGAUGCUAUUGAGAGGAGUGAGAAUGCUUCACAGUGCAUAAACUCUGAUCGUGGAGGUCUUGGAGUGCACAAACACUUAGCCAGUCAGAAAUCUUUUGUGCAAGUUCAUCAAGAAAUGGUAAGAGUUCUCUUUCCAUCCAAACAAAUCAUUUCUCUGAUUUUCUAAUAUUGCUUCCAUGAUUUAAAUCUGUUUGAGUUUAACUGUAGGAGGAAGAGCUCAAGCGUCCUGUAUCACUUGGCGAAGUGUUUAUGAAAACACAUACAAGGGCUGAUGGAUCAUUUGUGGAUCAAAAAGCUAAAGAAGU